UAAAUUAACUUUUUUUUGCGGAAAAUAUGUGACCUCACAUGGCGGAAGUGAUUUUGGCGGUAUGCUUGCUGUCAUUUUGACCUCAUUCACAGGAAGUGUAGUCGAGCGGAGUCGGGCAGCCCUUCGCGAGAGAAAAAAAUAGAAAAAAAUUAGGGGAAAAAAAAUCGGUGAAUCCAAGGGGUUCGGGCGGAUUUGGACGAAGUUUCCGAACUGUCCCGGCCCGGAGGAGCCCUGGGGGUUGAAAGGGAAUCGCCAGCACCGAAAUAAUGGAAGAUUCCCAUUUCAACUCAUCAUACUUUUGGUCUCCCGUACCAACAGUACAAGGACAGAUUGAGAACGCCAUGUUUCUGAAUAAGAUGAAAGAGCAGCUGGGGCCGGACAAGGGUACUGCUUUUCCUCACUCAUCCGCGGCGCAUUACCCUACGGCGGUGCUGACGGUGCCGGGCUCGGUCGCCAUGGACACAGGAACCAUCGGGAGGUUGCCGAAGCAGGAAGGUGGAGGAGGAGCAGGUGGGACAUCAGGGGCACAAAUAGCUGGAUUGGGAUCACACCUGCACCCACCUCACACAUCCCAAAACAUCACGGUGUUGCCCGUCCCGUCUACGGGCAUCAUGACGGCAGCGGGGUUGGUGAUCACGACUCCUCAGGGGGCUCUGGUCACUCCUUCUGCCUCCUCUCAGUCUUUUGUUUCUGGACCGCCCACAACAACCAUGAUUGUGUCCGCUUUGCACCCAACAAACACAGACAAGAAAGAGGAUGGCAGUAUUCCACCCGCUGUAGUCAUGCCACUUCCUUCAAAGCGAGGCAGAAAGAAGAAGUCCAUGAUGCCGAGGGCAGGUCCCGUUUCAGCCCACGCACUUGCCACAGGAAGUGAUGCGCUGAUUCUUGCGCACCUGGCCACUGGGGGACAGCAUAACACAAGUGACCCAUACGACCUUUCCAAUGAUGAGGAUGAUCAUCAAGGCAAAGAUGGGAACAAGUCCUACAGGUGCCGGAUGUGUGCGGUGACGUUCUUCAACAAAUCAGACAUGCAGAUUCACGCCAAGUCACACACGGAGGCGAAGCCACACAAGUGUCCUCACUGCUCCAAAUCCUUCGCCAACUCCAGCUAUCUGGCGCAGCACAUCCGCAUCCACAGCGGCGCCAAACCCUACACUUGUUCCUACUGCCAGAAAACCUUCAGACAGCUCAGCCACCUACAGCAGCAUACACGAAACCACACAGAGGGCAAACCGCACAAGUGUCCUCACUGCUCCAAAUCCUUCGCCAACUCCAGCUACCUGUCCCAGCACAUCCGCAUCCACAACGGCGCCAAACCCUACACCUGCUCCUACUGCCAGAAAACCUUCAGGCAGCUCAGUCACUUACAGCAGCAUAACAGGAUUCAUACUGGCGAUCGGCCAUACAAGUGUUCCCAUCCCGGCUGUGAGAAGGCUUUUACCCAACUAUCCAACCUCCAGUCUCAUCGAAGACAGCACAACAAGGACAAGCCAUACAAAUGUCACAAUUGUAACCGCGGCUACACAGAUGCGCCCAGCUUGGAGGUUCACUUGUCGACACAUACGGUGAAACACGCCAAACUCUUCUCCUGUGGCCUCUGCAACCGCGCCUACACAUCUGAGACGUACCUGAUGAAACACAUGAGAAAACACAACCCAGACCCUCUGACGGUGGCAGCUGCUGUGGCUGCCCAGCAAUCCCAGCAGGGCCACAAUCCGGCUCAGCCCUCGGGCACGGGAAGCGGCAGGGGUCGCGGGCGAGGCAGGGGUGGCGGAGCUGCAGCGGCACAAGCGCAGAACCAGCCCAACCCCGCCCCGCCAACCAGUUACUCUGUUACAGAGGGAAUACCCUGCCCUUUCGACCUGCAUCAGUACAAGACCGUGUCGGCUGGAGAGAUCCAGUACAAACCGGUCACCGUGGCCGACCUGACGGCCCACAAAGACCUCUGCCUCACCGUCUCCACCUCUGCCAUCCAGGUGGAGCACAUGAACUCGUAGAGGAACUUGAGGAGAAUGAGAGCGAGGAGGUGGGGUGAGGAGAAAUGGACCAUGAAUUGGGAAGGAAAUAAAACACUGCCUUGGGACAGAGGAGGACUUCCAAAUACAAACUGGCAGGAGGGGAGGGCAGGUUUGCAAAUUAAAGAGAAAAGGAGAGAUGAAGGAGGAGCGCAUGAGUUGUCUUUCUUUAGACUUACUCUGCAGUGUCACAAAAAAGGCCUUAAACUGUCAUAGUGGCCAUUUUCAGUUAGCAGCUAUUGAAAUGUACAAUUCCCAGCCCCAGCUGCAACUAUAGAGUGCACCAGUCGGGUUACGGAAGUAAAAAUCCCAUUCGUGUCCUUCAUAGCAGAAUUGAUUUUUGAUAAAUACUUACAAACCAUUGAAGACAGAUCAACUGUGAGCUACAAGGUUGUUAAAGGGAUAGUUCACCCAAAAAUGAAACUUCUGUCAUCGUUUAUUCUCCCUCAAGUUGUUCCAAACCUUUUUGUUGAACACCAAAGAAGAUAUUUUGAAGAAUGUCACCAGACAGUUGCCAGUAGCCGUUGACUUACAUACUAUUUUUUCCCUAUACUAUGGAAGUCAGUGGUUACCAUCAACUGUUUGGUCACCAUGAAUACAAUUGAUAGUAAUAGUAAUUGAUUUGCAUGAUAUUUUUUAAUGAUUCGAUUUCAGAAUGACAGAGAAAUUAAUAGAGCACUGUCAGUGGAGAAAGGAUAACUGAGCAAAUUUAUUUUACAUUAGUGAUCUUUUUUUUUUCUUUACAUGGCACAUUUUUCCAUCCAAAAACAAAAGUUAAUUUUGUUGCAGGGAUUGUGCAAGAUUAACUGAAAAGGACACUAGCUUUAUUAAUGGGUGAUGAAGGUUACGAAUGCCAGCUAACAAAGACUAGCACAUGCUUUGAAAACCAGCAAGUUGACAUUUUUUUCUAAUUGAUAAAUGUUACAAAUGCCGGUAAACAAGAAAAUAUGAACAAACUCCACCAAAUGAAUUGUACAGAACUGCAACAAGUUAACAUUACAAAGUAUUUCACAGAAAGAGACACACAUCUGUAGCAUUUGAGCAGGUUUAUAGUAAUAGUUCACCCAAAUCAAGUUAAAUUACUGAUCUGCAUGACUUUCUAAGCUCUUAUGAAGUUUUAAAGCCUUUUAUGACACUGCUUUGCAGGCCUGCUGAUUGACAUUUCAAGCAAACGUGCAACUGGUUUGUCACUAUCAGCCGAGACAUGUUGGAAAGAGCUAAGACUGCACUAAAGGGGAGAAGGAUAAACAGAAGCUAAUGGUUUAUGGGAGAUGGCACUUAAAUGAACUUUUUUAUUCAUUGUUUCUGUUUUCGUCAUUACAUUUUAGCCAUUUAUCAUAUGUAUUUUUCUAUUGUCUUUGUGUAUGUAUGUUUGUAUGUGUUUGAGUGUACGAAGGGUUGGUUGAAAGAGCAUGUAAGAGAACAUUUAAAGGAGAUGAAUGUGUGAAAACAUCUAUAAAGUUGUCUUUUUUUUUUUUUUUUUAAGAGUUUAGUCAUUUUAUAUUUUCUUGACCCUCCCCACAAAGAGAGUUUUUUCCAGAGAGGAGGUGAGGGAAAAAAUAUGUAGACGACAAUUUGGUUACAAGGUACUAUUUAGUAGUGUUUUUUUUAAAACCUUUAAUACCAGUUAUUAUAUUAACUUUGUUUUUUAUGCAGUUAUUAUCAUCAUUAUCCAUUGGGAGUUACUCUGUGUGUGUGUGUGUAUAUAUAUAUAUAGAGAGAGAGAGAGAGAGAGAGAUGACAUGUUCAUUCAAAAAGGGAAGGAUUGUCUUUCUGGUCCAGCUGAAAUGUGAUUUUUAAAAAAUGUAUUAAAGGCAACAUUAGAGAUCAGAGAAUGGGAUGUUAACAUAUUGCUAAACCAUCUGAUCCCUGACCUACAUGAUGCCAUCUGUCUCCUGUAAGCAGCCAAGUGAUUGGCUGAUCCUCCACGUAUAACCUUGUUGUAUCCAUAUAUGUCUUUGGAAAAUAACACGGUUCUCAAUAUUAUUAUUAAUGUUACUUCUGUCGCUCUUAAUACUUAUUAUUAACUACUCUUUAAGAUGACUUUGCUGUAUAGAUCAACACUCAUUCAUCUUGACGUAACUGUUUCUCCUAAUAUGAACAAUAAAAAACGAUAAACACA